CUGGAGCGUAUAGAUCUCUUGGUCUGCAGUUGUUUGCCGCUUCGCUCACUUCUCCUCCUUUCUGAGCUUGGCGCCCCUUCGCGGCUCGCACUCCCAACUGAGACAACAUGAAUGCCUUCCAGAUGUCGAUAUCGCGGUGUAUCGCAGCGAUCACGCUGCUCUCGCUCAGUCUGGUGAACGCCCACAGUAUCAUCACCUAUCCCGGCUAUCGUGGCAACAACCUGCACACCAACGGCACGGUGCAGCAGACAAACGGAUUGGGUGUUGGAUGGGAGAACGGCUCAUACGUCUAUCCCUAUGGGAUGCAAUGGAUCUACCCGUGUGGUGGGAUGCCUACGUCGACGAACCGUACCAAAUGGCCCGUCAACGGAGGCGCGAUCGCUCUUCAGCCCGGCUGGUUCCAGGGUCACUCGACGGCCUUCAUGUAUAUCAACAUGGGCCUGGGGACGGUCCCUGACAACAUGAGUCUUCCGAUGGUUCCCGUCUUCGAGAUCACGGGCCCCAGCAACAACCCGUACCCGGGCACGAUCUGUCUGCCGCAGGUGCCCUUGCCAGCCGAUAUCAGCCCCAAGGUGGGCGACAACGCCACCAUCCAGAUUGUCGAGGUGGCCAAACACGGCGCAUCUCUGUACGAUUGCGUGGAUAUCACCUUUGCCGAAGACGACGAGGUCGCCGAGGUGACCAAGGACAACUGCUUCAACUCGUCGGACAUCGGCUUCAAAUAUGUCUUCGCCUCAAGCUCAUUAACGGCGACUAGCGUCGCCCCACUGCAUGGCCCUAGCCAGGCGCCAAUCGUCUCGGUGCUGCUGGCGAUGGCCCUGGGAGCAUGGAUCUUAUAACGAGUCGAACCUUCUUAGCAUUUGUUCUUUUUAGUGUUCACCUAUUCUUGUCAUACCCUCAGCCGCGACUGGCUUUUUGGUUUAGUUCUGAACGUUGGUUGCAUGAAUGCAUAAUCCGCCUGCUAUUUAGGCGUUGACGACUAUACGAUGACCUCGGGUACGUCUCGGGUACAUCCCUGUCAUUUACCGCGGCGAUGUCGCGGAGAUGCUUUCCGC